AUGCAAGAAGAUAUUGGAUGGCCAUGGCUCUAUGAAGUUGGACUUGGAAAUGAAACAACUCAUAUCUCCAAUGUAGAAUGUCAUGCUGUUGGGUCCAUUGUGUGGAACACAAUGUUCAAAGUCAAGGAACAUCUGGAUGUACACUGUUGGACUGUUGCCUGUGAAGCCCCACCCAUGGUACAUGCAGGAACUUGCAUGAACCAAAAGAGAUGUGAGGAGGACUGGAAGCAGCUGUGGUGGAAUGGAAUGGGUUGGUUUUUACUGGAUGGACAAAACCCACAACCUUACAAGGACACUGUGGAACAGUUCGAGAAACUUGACAUUGGAGAGAUAAACUUGGACUGCUGGAAAGCUGUGUUAUUCAUUGUGAAAGGCCAAAGUGCUUUUGAACAUGAGCAAAAACUCAUCACUCACAUAGCUAAUGAUCUGGCAAGAUUGCUGAUUGUUGAGCCCAACUUCGAAGAUUUCAGCCAUGCAGUUCAAUACUAG